CUCUCUCUUUGGCUACCGAGAAACCCAGAAGUUUAUAAAACGUUCAGAAUCAUUACUUUUUUCCUCGAGAAAAUUAUUUUUUUAAUGGAAGGAAACUAAAUAAGAAAAUCUACAACAAGUUGACACAAGCAAGCGAAGAUUUACACUUUCUUAUUCUUCUUCUUCCAUUUUUCCAAUUGAGAAGCAUCGAGAGAUUCGUUUAUCCUUGUCGUAAUGGCGGGAAUAGCUAUAGUUUUAGAUCUAUUGAAGAAAUCUCAAACCAAACACAGUGUUCACUCACCGUCGCUGUCUUCCGCCUCCGCCGUCGCUUCUGCCGCCGCCGUAUCUGCUGCCGCCACUGCUCCUUUUGCUUCUAGGUUUCUCUUCGGUUCUUUCGAGCCUCGAGUUGCUUACUGUGAUGCCGCAGUUGGAAUAGAUGAUGACUACCUUGCUACUAUACGAAAAAUGUCUGCGGAUGUAUUGCAGCGUCAACCGCUUACAUACAUUUCAAGUUCAAAGGAGUACAAUAUCCAGCCAAAACCACUAUUCUCAGCCUUCGAGUACAGGGCACUUGCAAUGACUACAGUGAGAUCCCUCCUGAUGUUCUAUUUGCCUCUAUUGGAGCCUAAAACGGCUUCAGAGGACGAUGAUGAUUUCCUAAACGAUGCUGCAGAGGAACGCCGCAAAGCCUCAGAGGGACGCCGCGCAGACUUGAUUGUUCCUCUUAAAAAGUCAGCAAAGCAAAUUGCCCGUGAGACCACAGUUGUGACCACUCGGAGAGUCCUUGAAAGGCUGGCUGUUAGUUAUGUCUCCCAGCGUAUGGCAUGGAAACUUCUAAAGGAUGUGCCUCAGUCGGCUUUACGCAAGGCUGAGAGAGGAUGGCCAACACAUUUAUACAUCUUUAAAGUCAGCCAGACAACUCUUAGAGGACACUUCCUCGGGAUUGCAGCGUCAUGGACAGUUCAAGUAGGCAUAGAAAUCUAUAGAUGUGUGUUCCAGUAUGUAAAACCCGAGGAAGAAGAAGAGGAACAAGUGGAGAUAACAGAGCAAGUCAAGGAUCUCGGAAACAAAGUUGUGGGUAUCACAGUACGAUGCGGGGCUUCUCUAGUGUUUGCUGCCAUUGGAGCCGGUAUCUGCUCUUGCCUUAUCCGCCCCUCCACGGGCCAAUGGAUUGGCUGCGCGCUUGGGGACUUGGCUGGUCCGCUGGUUGUUUCGGUUUUCCUGCAGAAGACUCUUCAAGCUGAUCGUUAACUCCUUUUGUGGAAAUUGAAUUCUUCUACUUUAAAUUUACAAUCACAGAGCUUUUUAUUUUCUAAAAUUUUCUUGUCGUUUUCAUUGAUACGUUUUAAACAUUGAUCAAUACACCUUGAGUUAUUCCCAAAAUUUAACUACUUUUGGCAACCGC